AUGUGUGGCCUUCAUGAAGACCGCCUGAUCAAUCACAUCUUCACGAAGAGAGGUUACAACCCAAUGAGUAGGCCUGUCGAAAAUGAAAAUGAUACACUGGAAGUUUCAUUCAAAAUCAGCCUGCAACAGAUCAUUGAUGUGGAUGAAAAAAAUGAAAUGCUACACACAAACAUAUGGCUAACAUACGACUGGAGGGAUUGGAAUUUGAAAUGGGACCCAGACGAUUACGGGGGUCUUAGGGAAACCAGGCUUCCCUCCAAACAAAUAUGGACACCGGACAUUCUUCUCUACAACAGCGCCGACCAAUCGAUUGAUAGCAAAUUGUGGACAAACGUCAUCGUCAAUAGCGAUGGUUCCUGUAACUGGAUUCCUAUUGGAUUGUACACAUCAUCGUGCCCAAUAAACAUAAGAUGGUUUCCGUUUGAUGACCAAAAGUGCAUUAUGAAGUUCGGUUCUUGGACCUAUGACGGCGGCAAACUUAAUCUGACGCAAGGGAAGGUUGAAGAAGAUGUCGAUAUAUCCACAUACCAGCUAAGUGGAGAGUGGAAGUUAUUAAAAGCUAAAGGAAUUAGAAAUACACAGUCGUACGAUUGCUGCCCGGGAAGUCCAUACUUGGACAUAACCUUUGAAUUUCACAUGAGAAGAAGGACCCUUUACUACGGGUUCAACCUUAUCAUACCCUGUGCCCUCAUCUCGCUUUUAUCUUUACUUACUUUUAUUCUGCCUCCAGAUGCUGGUGAAAAAAUUGGACUGGGAGUUACCAUUCUUCUUUCACUUUCUGUAUUCCAAACGAUCGUGGCUAACAUGGUGCCUCCAACAUCCAUGGCUGUUCCGCUGGCAGGCGUAUACUUCUUAGUCGUAAUGGCCAUGUCCACCAUCUCGGUAACUUCAACGGUCAUUGUGCUCAUCUUCCACCACAGCUCGCCUGACAUGAGGCAGAUGCCUUCCUGGAUCCGCACAGGCAUAUGCGAGUGGUUGGCCUGGUUAAUCAGAAUGUCACGGCCAGGCAAGGAACUGACGUUUGAGAAACUUCGGCGUAAGGCCAGUGUACGAGAACUUGAAUGUCGGAUUCCUCCGUCGCAGAGUCUGCUGGCCAACGUAGAAGACAUCGACAACACCAUCCAACUCAAUCAACGAUACUUCAAAUACAAUGUGGCCACCGGAGUCACUGCUGGCGCUGCUGCCGUCACUUCUAACGCGGCUGGAAUAUCCACACUUCGAAGCGAGAUCCUCAUGAUCCUGAAUGAGAUCCGCUUCAUAACGAGGAAGAUCAAAGAAGACACAAAGAUGUCGGAAGAGACGAGCGAUUGGAAGUUUGCAGCCAUGGUCAUCGACAGAACCUGCUUCUACCUCUUCACUGCCUUCCUCGCCCUUGCCACUCUAGUCCUUUUCUUCUCGGCUCCCAACUUUUUUGACAGCAGUCCUGAAUUGAUGAGUCCCGCUAAAAAUAAUACCACUUAA